AUGAACUGGGGAUUGACUUACAGAAGAAACUCUGAUAAAAAACUAAUGUGUUUCAGUGAUUCAGACCACGGUGGGGACUUAGAAACAGGCAGGUCCACAUCAGGAAUGGUUUGCAUGUACGCUGGAGGGAUAAUUGCCUGGAAAAGCCACAGACAGGCGCCUGUUGCUAUAUCAAGUACCGAGGCAGAAGUUGUUGCUGCGAGUGAGACAGUUCGGGAAAUAAUGUGGCUGAAAGUUUUGAUGGCUAGUAUUCAACACACAGAUGAUAUACCCGUGCUGUAUGUAGAUAACGAGUCUGCAAUUAAGUUAGCUAGAAACCCGCCUUACGAGUUUCAUAGCCGAACAAAACACAUCAGGAUUCGUCACUUCUUCAUAAGGGAAGCUGUAACGGACGGUGUGCUGAAAGUGGAGAAAGUUUCGUCAGAGAUGCAGUUGGCUGACAUGAUGACCAAGCCGCUGUUCAGGCCCAGGCUGACAAUGCUGUGCGGAAAAAUUGGAAUGCUCAGUGGAAGAGAAAACACUGGCUGA